CAAACGGGCAUUUGCAUACAGGACUUACUUGUUUCUAGGAUGCAUGUUGACCAAGAAAACAAAAGCAUAAAAGCCCUGCAUUUGCUCAUCGCUCUUAUUAUUUCCAAACGUUACCAAGAUCAUUCUUUAUGAAACUCUCGGCACUGUCGGUCCUGUGUUUUUUGGCAGCGAGCUUGAGCAACCUUCUUCCGUCUUUGGUGACUGCACAGACUGAUGCAGAUGUACCGGUGGCACCUGCGCCGUGGCUCCUCGAUGUGGCGGAAGGUUACGUGUUCGUGUUGCCUACGAUUCUGAGUUCAGCGUUCCUACCACCUGGAACCGCUGAUCCUUUGGAGAAAGAUGCUGAAACAAGUACUGGUGCGAUGGUGCCCGAUAUCGGUGCCCUAAUGCUUGUUCGAUAUUCUUCCAGUCCUGUGGGUCCAUACGACGAGUUGAUAUACAUCCCAGGAAGAUGGGCUUACAGUAGUGGGAGAAGCGGGUUGAGGAUCACUCGAAUAUACGUUAGCUCGAAUGCUUCGGUUUAUAACGGUCGAAGGAACUGGAACAUCCCAAAACACCUUGCCACGUUCGACUGGAAAAAUGAAGACGACGGGAUCACUACCACCGUUUCCGUCUCCUCCGCUGAGAGUGACAACGCUACACCAUUCUUCAGUGUCCAAUUAUCGCCCGUCACAGGUCCCAUACCAAUCGAAGUCAACACAACCCUAACCGGACCCUACUUAACUCUCAUCCAACCCCCACUCCCUGCUUUGCCCAACGAUCCGAUAGUGGUCGGAACCGGCGAGACUAAUACUAAAUGGAAAUCAUUCCUGUUCACAGCCAAAACAGAAACAGCAUCUCCCGUAGGUGUGGUGGGCAAUCUUGCCGGUAGAAGAAUUGGGGAUGGUGUUGGGUACCCAGAUAUUUUUCCUCUUUUGCCCGUUGGUGUGAAUAUAACUGGAAUACUCAAUUUCCCCAUUGCUGAGACUCUUGACUCUGUUUAACGUUGAUACCCCUUCUUGGAUUUGUUUGAAAAUUG